AUGUUGUACCGGUUCAAGAUGGAGCUGAUUGCCAGCGCCGCUGUGCUUUCGAGCAUUGCGUCUGGCCUCGAUGUCAACGUCGCCAGGGGUUUGUCAGGAGUUUGCCCUCGGGAUAGCGAGUAUGCCAAGCUCGGCUGCAGCCUGUCGCCCGGGUCAAAAAUCUAUUUCCCUGGCUCGGCCGAGUUCACCGCUGCAACCGCCCGAUGGUCGAACCUUGCCCCGCCCAAGGUGGACGUUGUGGUUGUGCCCGCCACCGAGGAUGACGUUUCCAAGACUGUUAAAUACGCCAACAAGAAUAAAAAGCCCUUCUUGGCAUACAAUACCGUCCAUGGAAGCCUCACCACAUUGGGCCGCAUGAAUGGUGGUAUUGAGAUCUACCUCAACCAGCUCAACGGCAUCGAAAUUGCCCCUGACGGCCGAACCGCCAAGCUCGGUGGCGGGGUCCGGUCCAAGGAUGUAACCAACACGUUAUUCGCUGCUGGGAAGCAGACCGUCACCGGCACGUGCGAGUGCGUCUCCAUGAUGGGACCUGCCCUUGGAGGUGGCCACGGAUGGCUUCAGGGACACUAUGGCCUCGUGGCCGACAACAUCGUCUCCUUCAACGUGGUGCUCGCCGAUGGCUCCCAAGUCACCGUCGACCAGUCUUCGGAUCUGUUCUAUGCCCUCAAGGGCGCCGGGCACAACUUUGGCAUCGUCACGUCCAUCGUCGCCAAGGUCUACGAUGUGACGCAGCCCAACUGGGCCAUCAACACCAUGGUCUUUAGCGGCGAUAAGGUCGAGGCUGUGUACGCCGCCGCCAAUGAGUAUUUUGUCAAGGACGGCAACCAAAACAAGUCGCUCGUCAACUGGUCCUACUGGCUCAACAGCGCAGACCUGGACCCCAACAACCCCAUCAUCAUCUUCUACAUCAUUCAGGAGGGCGUCGACGUCGUAGACAAGGCCUUCACCGACCCCUUCACCGCCAUCGGGCCCUUGGCCUCGACCCCGCAGUCUGGCAACUACACCGAAGUCUCAGGCUGGGCCGGCGUGGCCGACACGGCCCCUCCCUGCCAAAAGGACGGGUCGGCGAAUCCGCGCUUCCCCAUCUACCAGGAGCGGUACAACGCGACGGCCAUGCGCACGGCAUACGACCUGUACGCCUCGCAGGUGGGGCCGAACGAGAGCCCCUUCCACAACAGCAUCUUCAUGUUUGAGGGCUACCCCGGCCAAGGCAUGCGCGCCGUGCCAGCGGACUCGACGGCGUUUGCGCACCGGAGCGAGAACCUGCUCAACGCCCCUCUGAUCCAGUACAAGCCGGGUUCGGCGGAGCUGGACGCACGCGCGGAGAAGCUCGGCAAUGACCUCAGGCAGAUCCUGCAGGAUGGGUCCGGGCGCACGGGUCUGCCGCCUGCGUACGUCAACUAUGGGUACGGCACGGAGCAGCAGACGCAGUUUUAUGGUGCUCAGCCGCGCAUCGACAAGCUUUGCAAGCUCAAGAAGAAGUACGACCCGAACGGCCGGUUCAACUUUUAUGCGCCGCUGCAGUGCGGCAAGAGUGCAAACUAG